ACGCAUUCGUGAUGUUUCGUUGUCUGCUAAUUUUGUCUUCAUUGGCAAUUAUCUGCAAAGCUCUCGAAGUUGGUGACGCUUGUAAAUUAUCGAACGGCAAAUAUGGAGUAUGCAAAUUUGCAGAUAAUUGUCCAAGUGCUUUGAAGCUAAUCCAUAAUAGACAGAUGCCGAUACUAUGCGGAUUCGAAGGUAUGAUGUCCAUCGUCUGCUGCAAGAAUCCACCUGGAAAAAAGAGUAGAGAUUAUUGUUUAAACAUGUAUCCUCAAAGACCCGGAGUGGUGGGAGGUGUUAAAUCUUUGGCAAAAGAAUUUCCGCAUAUGGCUGCUUUAGGUGUUAUUAAUGGAGACGAGGUUAAGUGGUUGUGCGGAGGUAGUUUGAUCAACGAAAGGUUUAUCAUAACUGCAGCGCAUUGUCUCAUAUCAAGAGAUUUUGGAAUUUUAACGCACGUCCGUUUAGGUGAUUUAAAUUUGAAGUUGGAUACAGACAAUGCGCAACCACAAGAUUAUGGAAUCAAACGUAUGAUCAAAUAUCCAGAAUAUAACAGGAGACAGUCGUACCACGAUUUGGCGUUACUCGAAUUGGACCGAAAGGUGAAUUUCACGGAUUAUGUGAAACCUGCUUGUUUGAAUGUUGAAAAGAAUCCGAUAAAUGAUGAAGUAUUGACUGCAACCGGUUGGGGCAGAACGCAAUUCGGAGGUGAUAACAGCGAUCAUCUGCAGAAAAUCAAAAUUUUUGAAACCAAAAACUCCGACUGCACAUUUAAGUACAAAUAUGAUCCAAAACUGACGUUGGGAAUCGUGGAUGAUUGGCAGAUUUGUGCAAGCGCUCCAGGAAUAGACACGUGUCAGGGUGAUUCUGGUGGACCACUUCAGAAAAGAUUUUCCUACCAUCACACUAUUUAUGGUGUAACUUCGUUCGGUAAAGCCUGCGGAUUGGCUAACUUCCCCGGUGUUUAUACAAGGAUUUCCUAUUAUAUUGAUUGGAUUGAAGAAAUUGUUUGGCCUAAUAGCAAUCUCGCUGGUCCUGCUUAACUAAAAGAAAGGAAUAAUCUUAAUAAAGUUCUAUAAAAAAGUACUGCAAUAUAAAAAAAAUACAAUUAUAUAGAGUAAUAAAAUUAGAACCUAUAAAAUAAUACAUUUCGUACAUAUCUAGGUUUGCAGCAGAUAAUUGAUUCAAUUCCUUAGAAUCCACACAUUGGUUUAUGGCUUUGACUAAUUAAGUAA